AUGGAUAACCUCAAACUAACACCGAGCAAUUCUAAAGCUCGCGACCCUCCUAGGUUAUUCCUUCAUCCCUCUCCAGCAACUUCACAUGUCUCGCUCUCAGGAGUGGUGGCUGCUAGCCCGGCAGUUCCGCCUGCCGUUGCUUCAAUUUCGAACACGCGAGAAAAUGCUAGCGGCGCAUCUAUCCAGCAGUCUCAAGCUACUCAUUCGCUCGCGCGAACAGGUUCGUUAUUAAAUACACGAAACCGCGCGCCCGUCGGCCGACUCCAUACUGCUGACUCCACCCGCACUGUUGAUAGAACCGACGCUUUGUGGGCUGAGAUGCAAGCGACUUUAGAAGAAGUCGAGCUAUCGGCAAGCGGAGGUACUCAUGUUUUUGGACCGGAGCAUGACCGCAAGCUCGCCGAUUUACGUGCGGCUCAAAUUAAGCUGGCGCAAGCAUGGGCAAGAAGCGAGGCCGACGACUCAAUCGAACCGACGGCUGCGAACGAAGUGCCAACCCUCAAAGGAGCUUUAGGUGAGAUUGGUGUAUCUGCUACUGGGGUAGCCCUUGGUCCUACGAUAUCCUCAAGCGUCGGAAAGGUGGCAGUAGAAGGUACAGAAGGAGGGAAAAGUACAGUCGGUACAGGCAGCGCACGACCUGGAAGUAGUGGGACUGGUCGCGAACGACUAGGCGCUAAGCUCGAAGAAGAAACGGAGAAGGAUAUCCUUCUAGCAAGGAAUAGGAGAGAGGCGAAUGAUCGCUACUUUUCAAAGAUAGACCAGGGAGUUAGGGAUGUGGUCGAGAAAUUAGAAGAAGUGGCUAUCGCCAUGAGAGCUGUCGAGGAAGAAACGCGUAAUAUCUGGAGCGACAACGCUAUACCGGAUAAUGCGAGGGUCUAA